AUGACACCUGACCCGACACCUGACCCGGUGCCGCACAUCCAAGACUUCUCCGCACAUCUGGCCGGUACGUCGGUGUUUUCGAAAGUGACCUGGUGCGUGGUUGCCACAAGGUGCCCAUGCAUCCCCUGGACGCACCCUAAGACAGCAGUGAUAACGCCGUUUGGACUUUUCGAGUUCUUGCGGAUGCCUUUUGGGCUCAAGAACUUCGCCCAAACGUUCCAGCGCCUGAUGGAUUCGGUGCUGCGGGACCUGCCGUUCGUGUUCGUCUACCUGUACGACAUACCCGUCGCCAGCGCUUCAUUGGAAGAGCACCUGUCACACCUCCGAGCCCUUUUCGCGAGGCUCAGCCAACACGGGUUGAUCAUCAAUCCUGCAAAGUGCCAGUUCGGGGUGUUUGACAUUGACUUCCUCGGACACCGCGUCACCAAAGGCGGUGCAGCACCCCUGCCGGUGAAGGUGGAGGCUGUUGCGGCUUUUCCUCGCCCACUCACAGCCCGGUCACUCAGUGAGUUUCUGGGGAUGGUGACUUUCUACCACCGUUUCAUCGCCCGGGCCGCUCACAUUAUGCGGCCGCUGUAUGAGGCUUUGAAAGGUACGACCCCCAUCCAGGCGAUCAACUGGACGGCGGAAGCUGCGUCUGCUUUCACGGAGGUCAAGACCGCGUUGGCUUGGGCUGGUGAGUGCGUGGCUUGUCAGCGCGCUAAGGUGCACCGCCGCGCUAAGACCCCUUUGGAGCGUUUUCUGGUGCCUGAGAGGAGGUUGGACCACGUCAAUAUCAACCUAGUUGUUGAAAUGCCCUCCUCUCAGGGCUUUUCCUACCUCCUCACCAUGGUGGACAGGACGAACCGUUGGCCGGAGGCGGUUCCUCUCGUGUCAACAUCAGCCGCAGACAUUGCCUGAGCUUUCAUUGCGACGUGGGUGUGUCGUUUUGGCACCCCGUCAGACAUUUCCUCGGACAGGGGCUCACAGUUCACGUCCGAGCUCUGGAACGCCGUGGCGAGUGGUCUGAGGGUUAAGCUGCACAGGACUACCGCUUAUCACCCUCAGGCUAACGGCCUUUGUGAGCGUUUCCAUCGCUCCAUGAAGGCGGCCCUCAAGGCCGGCCUUACGGACGGUAAUUGGGUCGACAAGCUGCCUUGGGUGAUGUUGGACCUGAGGACUGCGCCUAAAGAGGAUCUGAGAUGGUACGGUCAGCCGCUGAGGGUUCCUGGGGAUUUCCUUCCUAAUACAUCGGCUCCCUGGUCAGCGACAGCCCAGCGGGCUUUCCUACAGGACGUCGCUGGGUCUUUUGCUCCGGUCCCUACUGCUCAGCACGGUACCCAAGUGUGCCGGGUUCCUGCGGAGCUCCGCUCGGCGGGGCACGUGUUCAUCCGGCACGACGCGCACAGAGGCCCCUACAACCCCCUUACGAUGGCCCCUUUCGGGUUUUGGAGCACGGGGACAAGCACCUGGUGGUUGACCUGGGUGGCAAAGCCGAGCACGUCUCGGUGGACCGGGUGA